CGACAUUCUGUUCCUAUUGAAUGGAAGAAGCAAAUGUGGGUGUUGCGUAAAGUAGGGCGGAUCUCAAAGAAAAUAUUUAUUCAGUCAAACCGCAUUUAAACCGAAAGAAUACUUCACUUAACAGCAACCAAAACACUAAUGACCUUGGCUGGCUUCGCCACUUUCGCAGUCACGUGACAGUUGCAGCCAAUAGGAACACACGCGUUCUACAGCGUACCCUGCGCGGAAGAAGUGCGCAAAUGUUCAGUAACUUUACAAAAUGCCGUCGGAGGCGAAACCUUUGUUGACAGCUCAGACAGAAAAGCCUAAUCAUUAUUCGUAUUUGAAGGAAUUUCGCGUCGAGCAAUGCCCCCUCUUUCUGCAGCAUAAAUGUACACAACACAGACCGUAUACGUGUUUUCACUGGCAUUUUAUGAACCAGAGGCGUCGCCGGCCUGUUAGGAAGAGAGAUGGUGCAUUUAAUUACAGUGCAGACAAUUACUGUACGAAGUUUGACGAAACUACAGGAUUGUGUCCAGAAGGGGACGACUGCCCAUAUCUUCAUCGCACUGCAGGCGACACAGAACGAAGAUAUCACCUGAGAUAUUACAAAACUUGUAUGUGUGUGCAUGACACAGAUUCUCGUGGCUUAUGUGUGAAGAAUGGUCCCCACUGUGCUUUUGCUCAUGGAACUCAUGAUAUAAGACCACCUGUUUAUGAUAUCAAAGAAAUUCAGGCGGCAGAGAAUCCUGAUGGAGAUCCUAAUUCAACAUCAAAUGGGCCAAAUGUUUUGGACAAGGAAAGAAAUCUAAUGAAUGAAGAUCCUAAGUGGCAAGAUACCAAUUAUGUGCUUGCUAAUUAUAAAACUGAGCAAUGCAAGCGUCCACCAAGAUUAUGUCGUCAAGGCUAUGCAUGUCCUCAAUUUCACAAUUCCAGAGAUAAAAGGAGAAGCCCACGAAAAUUUAAAUACAGGUCAACACCUUGCCCUAGUGUAAAACAUGGGGAUGAAUGGGGAGAACCAUCUAAUUGUGAGAGUGGUGAUGCUUGUCAGUAUUGCCACACUAGAACAGAGCAGCAGUUUCAUCCUGAGAUUUACAAGUCAACAAAAUGCAAUGAUGUUCAACAGGCUGGCUAUUGUCCUCGUGGAGUAUUUUGUGCUUUUGCACAUGUCGAUCAAGAAAUGAGCAUUGCUCGCGAUAUUGUCGCACCCCACGAUUCAGGAACAAAUCUUGCCGAGAUACUAUCAUCAGCGUUGCCUGCUGUAGAGAAUAACAAACAAAACAAUAACAAGCAAGAGAAAGGAAGUGAUUCAUCUGCUGGCAGUGGUGAAGUGUCGGAGUCUGCAUCUACAAGCAGCCUGUGCUCCAACAGCUCCCACAGUAAAGCUCCUGGGGCUCAGCUUGCUCACAAUCGAAUUGAAAAUAAUCACUUAUACAAUCAGCAGAGCAAUGGGCCUGAUAUUCUUAAUGGGGGCUUGGUGCGAAAUUCUUUGAUGUCUCUUGACAAUGAUAGUGUGAUGGAAUCGGACAAAAAUCAGCGCAAACAAAAUUUAUAUAUGAAUUUUAAUCAAAAUUCCAACUCCCUAGUUAACUCACUAGGCCUUGCUAUGUCACCCAUGACAAAUUCAUAUUAUUCUGCCAAUGAUACCAUAGAAAGUGUUGUGGGGAAUGCACUAGAUGAUUUGAAUUUAGAUGAUGCUCUCAAUCUAGCUGCCUCUAUGGAUCGUGACUUUGAGACUGAAUCACCAACCAUUAGCAAUUCAAUCUCAGCCGGUUUAGCAAGCUCGGGGAUAUUGAGUGGCUCUGCACCUGUGAAUAUUCCAGGUAGCACCUUGAAUGAUCGUGCCAAUUGCUUGGGGAACUUCUCCCCCUCUACAUCGUCUCCUCUUCACCAUCUUGGACAAGGUUUCUUGUCUGCUUCUCGAUUUUCUCAUCAGGAUUCACUAGAUUCUAACCCAGCAUUUUUGAAUCACCAUCAACAACACCCUCUUCAGAUGAGCAGCAACCAAUCCAAAAUGGGCAGCAAUCAUUUUCCUAUUGGAAGCGGCAGUGGAAAUGUAGGAAAUAUGGGAGGAUUAGGCUAUGAAUUCAACAAUCUUUCCCCCGGAGGGAGACCACAUGCCAAUCAUAUUAUGAACAACUUUCCUAUCAGUCCAUCGAUAGCAAACAAUUCAUUUAACAAAUUAAGAGAAGAGAUGACAACAAGUAGAUCUAAAAUGACCAAUUGGGAUGAUGGCAUAGUUCAAGCAAGAAAAGCUUGUGAAGCUUGGCAAAGAGAAGCAGAAGAGGCCAACACUAAAGCAAAUAUAGCUGAAAGACAAAGAGAUGAGGCCUUAUCACAAGUUAAAAUUUUGCAAGGGGAAUUAGAAUUGCGCCAAGGUGGGCCUUUUGUCCAUGCGUUACGUAGAGUUUCAGAAUUGCGUACUCUCUCUUUGCCAACAUUAAAAAAUCUGCAAGCACAGUUAAAAACUGAUCUGGAAGAGAUUGAAAAGGUUCUUUAUCAACAAACUGCAUCCAAGUGCAUGGUGUGUGAAGAACAAGAGCGUAGUGUAACUUUGAGCCCUUGUAAUCAUCUUGCGUUAUGUGCUAUGUGUGCUCCAAAGCAAAAAGAAUGUCCUUAUUGCCAGAUACCUAUAGCACAUACUACUCAUUCUACGCCCACUACCACUGUAGCUAUGUAGACAUAGGUAAUGCCAUCACAAGACUUUAAAUCAUAAGCCCCAUCAUCAGAUCUAGCUAUUAUAUAUCUCUUGUCUUUGGUAGCUGUUUCUUUAUAAAUGGACACAUUAUUCAUUGGUCACAUUUGGGAAUGGGUUUGAUUGUCUUAGGGCUAAGUUUUGUAUGAAGCUCGUAAGUAUGGCAAUAUAUUUCUCUGAGGUGAUUGGCUUAGCAGACUAUGAUUUUAACCGACUAUAUCUUUAUGAAAGAUUUUUAAAGUUCUUUUAGCUAUUUGAUUUCCCCCUCUCACAGAGAAGUAAAAUAAAUGCUUUUGGGAAUGUGUGUUUCAAGCUUAAAACCUGCAUUAGUAAUCCCACUUAAGAAUGUUUGUGGCUCUUUUAGCAGUGAUGCCCAAUUUGAGGGAAUUGUAUUGUAGCUAAUCCUCUAGGUGUUAAUUCCCUUACAUUAGGCUUGGGGAGAUUAUGUGCUUAAACUGUAAUCAGGAGCCCAAGGAACAUAUGUGUAAGCAUAUGAGCUUCUGGCAGUUUUUUUAAAAUUGUCAAGAUGAUGACAAAGUCAUUUUAUCAAUGGACUAUAUUUUGUGUAAUCGAUGUUCUGUUGUAACUUGUUUAAGCACAUAAGGUGAGUCCAUGAUUCAGGGCUUCAAACUUAUUUUUCAACAUUGUUAAAGGAACCAUUGCACAUUCUUGCUAAGAAUUUCCUGUAGCUAUUAGGAAGCAUCUUGCCCAUGAUUCUUGUUAAGGACAUGUCUACUUAAAGGGAGUCCUCCCCAAGGCAAUUUUAAAGCUUGAAGCAGCUUUUUAUUCUUACGUGGGCAAGUCUUUCUAGAUUUUCAUCAUUAUUAAUAUUGUUUAAAGCUGCAUAAAACUUCCUUAUUAUCUAGAGGUUCCCUGUUAAAAAUGUGUUGAUUUAAAUCACUACUUUUGUUCUCAUGCACACAAAAACCAUGCGAGUUACUGUAGGACAGCCUGUGCUUUUGAGGUUGUAGGAUUCAUACUUGCAAAGGUCAAUAUUUUAAACAAAUUUCUAGAUGGCUUUAAUUUUAUUUAUUUUCACACGAAGUGGGCCAAUCAAAUCAUCCUUAUAUAGUUUACAGUUCACAUCAAAAUUGAUGCAAGCUGCAAACCAAAUCAAUUGAACUAGUCUGGUUGCAAAUGAAAUUUAUUACUUGGUGAGAAGUUGCUUGUACAUCAAUAUGAAUUUUAAGAGACUUGAAUUUUCAGAUUUUGUUGAUGAAUUUAUUUUUCAGAUUGUUUUCCUUAAUCCUUCCUUAAAGUUUAGUUUGUUGUGUUGUUGUUAUGUUUGUUUUUAAUUGGUCUUUUCCAUGAAAGCACAAUCUUACUGAAAUUUCAAUGAAUUACUUUCAGUUAAUUAUGAAAUCAAUUUUGUCUGAAUUUUUGGUUUAGGGAUGCAUUUUGUCCCUGCCAUUUUGAACAGUUGAGCAUGUUAUCACCCUGUAUACUUUGAUUUGAAAGUGAGGCUAAUAUUAUUAUCUUUUUGAAUGCUUGUUUCUCAGAGCAAGAGGUCUAAGGUCCGUUUUAGCACAGAUGUUCAGUUGUAAAUCUAGAUGUCUUUGUAGUGUGCUGAGCACUUUUAAUCCAAAGAAGCUUAUUAUUUAGUUUCUGGUUGACUUUGGUUUUUACCAACAUUGCCCCUUUGUUUAUGCUCUUUCAAAUUUACUUCUUAACACAUUUCUCAGUCAAUAGCAAUUUAGCUAUCUUGACCUUUAGGGUAGUUUAUCUUAAUUUACUUUCGUAACUGCAAGAAUCUGUAGAAAACACCACACUAGAAUUACUUGAUCUGGUAGUGCAGAUGUUUAUUUUUAUUGAAUCUGAUUAUGGCAUAGAUCAAAGUAUUAUUAAAGAGAAACCUUUUGCUAAGUGGAAAUCAUUGUUUUAGACGUGUAUUAAUUAAUGUAUGGCUACAGAUGAGUCUUACUUUCUCAAGCAAUAUCAUAGGAUUAAUAUUUAUAUUUGGACAGUGUCAGUAUGUUGUAAAAUUAUUGCAGUGUGACAAGUGUUUCGUAGUACGUAAAAUGUAUGCUUUUACUCAGUUUACAUGCCACCUAUGAAAGGAACUGAAGCUCGUUUCUUACUUAAACUAUUCUGGAAAGUUGAUAGCUUAUAUUGAUACUGUUAUGAUACUGUUGCCAUGUUUUAAGACAAAGAAGCUUUUUGUAUUUUGGAAUUUUAAUGCUAUAGAUGUGUGGCAAAGACUCCCUGAGCAAAAUACUGUAAUACAAUAAAUUAUUGUAUUUAUUGAGGGCAAUGGAUCAGAAAGACUGUUUAUGACGUAAGUUUCAGAAGUACUUGAUUUGACUUAGCUGGCAAUAAUUUUCAUGUGAUUGUUCGUCAUUGUCACAUUCAUCUUAUCUGAAACAUGGGCAUAAAAGUACUGAUUGGAUCCUAUCACAUGAAUUUAACAGAAAUCAAUCUUUUUCAAAUUUUGUUGCAUUUUAAGAAACAGCUCACACCAUUGCAGUUACUUCAGUUUUCUGUAACUGCUUUGAGGUGAGUCAAAACAGUUUUGUUUUGCCCCUCUUUUGAUAGGCAUUUCUUUUCUGUGAGAGCUGCGGACCUCUUUUUAUAUUGUCAGCAUGUCUUGACCUUGUAAGACUCAAAUGCCAAUGUGACACACUGCUAUGUUCAGGAAAUUUAGUCUUUAGAUAGCCUUGAUAAUUCUAUAUUUACUUCAUUCAAUUGUCAUCAGUAAGAUUGAACUUUUUGUCAAUGUUUCUCCAUUGAAUUUAGCUCAAACAUCAGUUAGGGAGCACUAAUUAUGUAAUAAUUUCAUGGUUUUACCACCCAACUUUAUUUAUGAUAACUCUGUCCUUUCAUACCAUGCUAUUACUAGAAUUCUCUUUUUAAUUUCUACUCUGUUAUUAGUUUAAAGGAAUGCUAUUUUCCUUGUUAUACGUAUGCACAUAUGAACUUGCCAUGUUGAUGUUGAUUUUCGUUAUGAAAUGUUGCUUUUCUUACAUGCUGUAAUAUCAAUAUCCUCCCAGAAUUGUGACCCACAUCCACCCUGAUGAAAGUUAAUUCAUUUUAAAUAUGUUGCUGUGCCCAUAUUUUCACUGCCACUUGCUUUUACCCAUGUUUUCAAUUGGUAUUAGUUUUUUAAACAAUAAUUGUAUGCUAAAAAAAUAAGAUGCUUGUUAUUAUCUUCAGUUGUUCUUUCUUUUUGAUGAAUGGAGAUAUAACAUCUUUAAUUUUGGCAAUUUUUAUCGCAAUCAACACAUUUUUUCAUCAAUUUUAUAUAACUUGUGAAAUAUGUCAGCCUACUAGUAUUCUGGAUUGUUUGAGAUCAUAACGUUACUGAAUGUUUGUGGCACUGAAAAUCCUGGUGAAUAAGAUAUGAUGCUGUAAAACUUGAAUGAACUACUGUUAUGCUGUUUUUAAACUCGUAAAUUCAUCAUAAAAAAUAGUAAUAUAUUCAUUUUGCCGACGAUUCAUCAGGGCUUUUAGUUGUACAGUAACUGCUUUGUGACCUGUAAGUUCCUUCAUGGAAUUAUUUUGUUCUGUCAAAGGCUCUUGAUGAAAGUUUCACUCCUGCUGUUUCUGUCCCCUUUUACCAUUUACUUUGUGUUCUAUUUUGUAUUCAUUGCAAUCCUGAAUUAUUUUUUUCUAUCUGUAACCUUGCGAAAAAGCAGGUUGAAUCCUACUUGUUUUUGUUGGUACAAUAUCACUGCAGAUCCAUAAAAGACAGGCUUUCCAUAUUUGUAGCUUUGCUCUAAAAGCUCCAUCCUCGCUUUGCUCUGUCAUUCUGUUAUUGAGUUAGUAGAGCCUUUUUCCUAAUCUGGAAAAAGUUGUGUAGGGGUGUGCAAACUUUCUCAGUUUCCUUGACAAAUAAUACAGUUGCUUCCAUAGUCUUUCCUUUUGUGUGCCCGUGCCCAAGAUUUUUUUCUUUUACCUGUGAUGAAGGCAUUUGCUGUUGUUUUUUUUAGUUAGCUUUUUGUUCAAAACACUAGCUUCACUGAACCUGUGCUUGUCUUUACCUAUCUCGUGUGACUGAUUGCCAAAUCUUAGCAUUUUUGUUCUCUCAUUUGCUGUGAUUGCUGUCAAUGUGCUAAUUCUGUGGCUAAUGUAAUGCUGGUCACUUGUAUUAAUUCGUGGAAGGGUUCAAUUUCAGUGUGACCGGAACUGUACCAUCAAAUACCAAAGUUAAUUAUCUUUUCUACGAAAAUAUGCCCAUUGAAGUAAUUAUAGCUUAAGGCUUGCUUGACGUGACUUAUAAGAUGGCGAGUGUACAGUUAUCACAAUUAUAAACAGGGACUAAAUUUUUAGCUCAUGUACAUAUGUCCUCUCCGACAGUUAAGGUGCAGUCAUGCAUUUGUAAACUGCUUUUAUUCAGCAAAUCUUUUUUGAUUAUUUUGAAUAGUUUCAUAGUUUUUACCUCCCUUCGUGUAACCCAUUUGAAUGAUUAAGUGAUCAGACAUUUCAAUUCAAACCUCUCAGUUCCUUGUGAAAGUUUUUUAAAAGCCAAUUUUUUUUUAGUUUAUUUUCUUUAUAAUUUGGUGAUCUUGGAUUUUGCACAUCUCUACCUUCUCAAGUCUCUACAUAGGCUUCUAAUUUCUGGGCUAUUCUCAUUCAUUGUCUCACUUCUAGUGAUUUUAAAAUUUCAAUUUAGCUUUAAACUUUGAAUGGAAGUAACUAACCAACUGUAAGUGUGGUGUUUACUUGGAAAAAUGGCUAGGCCUAUAUACUUUUAGCUUUGAGAGUGUCCUUGUUCUAAUUUUACAAUGGUAUUUAGGCAGUUAAUGAAUUGCUGAUUCUGCAAGCUUUGCUCUUGGACAUAUUAUUAUUUUAACUUCUCUGAGCCAAGACUGCUGCCUUGAUCCACUUCUAAUGAGAAAAAUCUUUCCUAGAUCUGACCAUUGUGUCAUUUUGUAUGAAAUUUCUGUUCAACAGAUUUGUAUUAUGUUUUAUUGAUCAUUAUUUGUUUGAUUUGCUAUCUUUUUUUUUUAUUUUGAGGAACAAAGGAAAUAAUUUAAAUUUAGUGGCUGUGGUCCUGCUAUAUAACUACAUUCCUGAGCUGAAACUUCUAUUUAUGAACUUAAACAUACAUAAAAUAUUUAAAAUCAGAGCAGGAACAUGGUGCCAUUUGAUUUUCAGAAUUUAUCUUUUGUGUGUGUGUGCAAAUCAAUGAAUUUCAUAAAUCUCAUUUCAUAUUAGUGGCACUUUUUGAGCAGUCACUUGUAUUUCCAGUAGCGGAGCUUUGGCAAAAAUGCAUGUACUUGCAAGUAACAUGACUUUCCUGCAAGGGGGAACAGAAAAUGAUAUUGCUUGUGAUUCUCUAUAUGAUUUACAGCCUCUUACUAUUCAAGAGUUCCAUGAGUUGUCUUUGAUAAGGCCGUAGGUUGAUGUAAUCUAUUUUUCCAUAUGUGUGACAUUUUCAAAUGUAAUGAUGAAACGCGACAAAGCCUUGUUAUUAGGAACAAAUUCCAUAAUUUAUAAUUAUUGCUUUGAAAAUUUUCUGUGUUUUCUUUGCUUUGCACAAGCAGGAAUGAAGAGAAUAUCUUUAACAUUAAAUGUAUGAUUAUAUAUUUUUAAUUUAGUUGUACCUUUGUUUGGAUUAAACCCGAACAGACUUGACAGCAGA